GGGGAUGCCCCAGGAAGCGGGAUGCCGGCUCCGAGCCUCCAGAUCCCAGGCAGCGGCUCCAGGAGCAGGCACGGCACAUCCCGGCUGAUCGAGCGGGAGACCCGGCUCGGUGAUGGUGAUGACCGAUUGCCAAGAGGUGCCGGGCCUGCGCCAGAGGCGGCCCCUCCGGGUGGGAUUCUAUGAGAUCGAGAAAACCCUGGGCAAAGGGAACUUCGCGGUGGUGAAGCUGGCGAGGCACCGAGUGACCAGGAGCCGGGUCGCAAUUAAAAUCAUCGACAAGACUCGGCUGGACCCCGGUAAUCUGGAAAAGAUUUACCGUGAAGUACAAAUCAUGAAGCUGCUAAACCACCCGCACAUCAUUAAACUCUAUCAGGUUAUGGAAACAAAGGACAUGUUGUAUAUUGUGACAGAGUUUGCACAGAAUGGUGAAAUGUUUGAUUAUCUGUCUGCAAACGGCCCAUUAAGUGAGAGUGAGGCCUGUGCCAAAUUCUGGCAGAUCCUGAUGGCUGUGGAAUAUUGUCACAAUCAUCAUAUUGUUCACCGAGAUUUAAAGAGUGAGAAUCUGCUGCUUGAUGAUAACAUGAAUAUUAAGAUUGCAGAUUUUGGUUUUGGAAAUUUUUAUAAACAUGGUGAGUCAUUAUCUACCUGGUGUGGAAGCCCACCCUACGCAGCACCAGAAGUCUUUGAAGGGAAAGAGUAUGAAGGUCCUCACAUUGAUAUCUGGAGUUUGGGUGUGGUCCUGUAUGUUCUAGUUUGUGGAUCCCUGCCAUUUGAUGGGCCAACAUUACCGGUCCUCAGGCAGAGGGUGAUAGAAGGUCGUUUCCGAAUCCCAUUCUUCUUAUCUGAAGACUGUGAAAAUUUAAUCCGACGCAUGUUGAUAGUGGAUCCUUUGAAGCGGAUUACAGUCUCACAGAUUAAACAGCACCGUUGGAUGUUGACACAGAAACCACCAACUUACACUCUCAAAGACUACAACUCAAACCUUGGCAAUUACAACCAGCAGGUCCUUAGCCUCAUGCACACCCUUGGUGUUGACAAACAGAAGACCAUUGAGUCAUUACAAAACAGCAGUUACAACCACUUUUCUGCAAUCUACUACCUUCUUCUAGAAAGAGUUAAAGAACACAGAAGUAACCAGGCAAUGAGCUAUCAGUCUUCAGCACAAUAUCAAGUGCCCAGAGCAGCCUGUGAACACUUUCAAACUGAGCCAGUGCUUCUACAAGUGGAUGCAUCGGUCAAUGUCCUGAUCAGGAAUCGUUCAAUAUCUCGCUGCAGCUUGCUGGACACCACUAUCAGCGAAGAGGCAAGACAGGAACAAGAUCUAGAGGAAAAUAUAAUGGAGAAAAUCCAGACCCCAUUGCACACUCUAAGCAGUGCAAACCGGCGACACACAGUGGCUGGUGUGUCAGCUCACUUGAACAACGAGACUGCUCCCUGUACAGCAAUCUCCUCACAAGCCAGGAUACCAGACGAUGCAUAUUCCAAUAGCUGCCUAAUGACCUCAUCCGAUGAUGGAUUCCACUCCCCAAACAUCAUGAGGUUCACAGAUGAGGCAAUGGCUCCACAAUUUGUAUACACCACUUCUGCAACUCCAAUACUGCAGCCACAGGAACAUGGAGCUGGAAUCUGUGACACUCAGCUGCCACUCACCUUCCAGGAAGGACGAAGAGCCUCUGACACCUCACUAACUGCAGGUCUGAAACCUUUCCGACAACAGCUGCGUAAAAGCACCAGAGCAAAAGGAUUCUUUGGGCUUAACAAAAUCACUGGAAUCACUCAACAUAUCUGGAGGUCUCCAUCCUGCUCUGGCUCACGGAAUCGAGCAGCUCAGCAGCACCCUCGUGGCAACCUACAGCAGGUUGAGAACAUUUUGCCAAAUCCUGUCCCCAGGAUCUCAACAGAAGGCAGCAAUCUAUUGGACAAAGUUUUGCACCAACAAAAAAUGCUGCAGCUGAGAUGCCUGAACAGUUGCCAGCCUAAAUGCUUUGCGGAGCCCGAAUCUAUGAAGACCCCUGUGCUCCAGAGUGUAAUGGAAUUAGCACAUGAUUUUAAACCUGCUUCUCAUUUAACGCCCUCUUUGUUUCUGUCAGACUUCACACAGACAGACUCUGAGGCAGCAGUCUGCACAGCCCAGUCACAGCUGCACUGUUUACUGGGUGUCAACCUGAUGCAGGGUCCUCUCAGCACCAGCCCCAUGGAUUUACACCCCACCUUCUCCACGUUCCUCCAUCAAACCCUGUUCUCAUCACAAAAGCAAAGUGAGGGACUAGGAAUGGACUGUGAAAUGGAGGAUCUGACAAGAACACAACUUGACCAAAUUGUGUGGGUGAAUUAACCUGCUGAACUCUAUGAACGCUGAAACCUCUGAAGCAAUAAAACCUUCGAUCUGUGAUAUUCUGAUAAUUAACUGCAAGCGACAAAACCCAAUCAAUGGCAUCAAUUCUCCCACUUUUUUUUAUUAUUUCAGAAAUAUUUCUAUGCCUGGAAAAGCCCAAUAACCAAAGGAUGGUUCCACUCCAUCCCUUCAUCAUUGUUAUAAGCUGCAAUUGGAGAUUCUUGUGGCACAGUGGUAGUGUCCCUACCUCUGGGCCAGGAGGCUUGGGUUCAAGUUCCAGUUGCUCCAGAGGUGUAUCAUAACAUUUCUGAAUAGGUUGAUUUUAAAAAACAUUAUAAGCUGCAAUUGAAGCAUAAGUCACUUUAAUUAUUAAUUCACACCAAAAGUAAACUCAGGCCUGUUGGAGGAAGUCAUUAUUGAAUAUCGAGAGUGUCUCUCCAUUGUCAAUUGGUGAAGUGAUUCAAUGGCCAGAAUUACCUCAAAAAUUAGUCGAAGCUAGUACUGGUGAGUGGACCCACUUAUUGCAAUCUGCUGGGAUUGAAUUGUGUGCUGGCACAACCCUGAAUAUCACAAUCCACCCAGGAAUCCUCUCUUCAGGAAGGGAAACUGCUACAUUUCUGGAUACAUUGAUCACCAUCAGUUAUAAGAUUUUUGGGAUUUUAAUAUUCUGUUUGCAACUGGGAAAUUCUGCUGGCUGCAAAACAAAACCUCGUUGUAUUCCUGAAUUGUUCACUGGCUGUGUACUGGUGUUUGAAUUUCCAAUGAUUACCCUGGCAUCAGGAAAUAUUUUGGUGUAAAGAAUCCAGAUGAGAUUGGAAUUCUGCUGAUUGUAUGAUUUUUAAAAAUUAAUAUCUGGGUCCAAAUAGGAAUGAAUCCACUUUAGGGACUGUGCAAUAAUCUGUUCCAGUUUGUACCCGCUGUAAAGGAGAAAUGAACAACUUUGUAGUACCUUAUUAAAUUAUGAGUAAAGUACUAAAAUAUUAUUAAAAGUUGUUGUAUUUUUUAACAGAA